AUGUCGAACUUCUUUGUACAGUUAUGGGAGAGCAUUUUCUCUCCUGGAACCACACCACAACUCAUCAUCGCCACACAUGCUUCAUUUUUUGCAUUAUUAUUGACUUUAGCCUCUCUCAUAUACACUACUGGUGGUAAUAUCCAUUUCAUUAUCAUGUUUGCUUUAGCUUCUGUCUUGUGGUUGACAGUGAUAUGGUUUAUUUACGAACUACAAUCUGUACAAUUGAAAAGUAAUAAAGAAUUAGAAGAACCACAGUCACAAGAAUCAUCUGCUCCAAAGGUUGCUACUACUACUGCUACCAAAAAAGCUUCAACAUCUGUUAAAUCAAGAAAAGCCUAA